GGUUGUCUGGGAGGAGGCAGCCCUGUCCCUCCCAAAGAGGGGUCAGGUGAGGAGGUUUCAGCUCUGACAGAGGCAUUGUGGUCUCUGGCAUCCCUGAAAUGCAACCGCAGUGGUGGGGAGGGGUAGAGCAGGCACAAUCUGGACACUAGAGCACACAAGAGGUGCCGACAGCUGGGGACAAGCCCCAGGGCACUUAGGUCAGCAGGGUUCACUGCCAAAUGGAGUCACCACUAUUGCAUCAGGUCUGGGUCCUGAUGGGUCUCCCCCCGCCUCCCAGCCCUGAACUGAGGAAGUCAUCCAAGACACACCCUAGCUCUGCAGAGGGAACGGAAAUGUUUGUCCUUCUUGAGGCUGAUGGGGAGAUGAUAGAGCCAUGACGACAGGGCCAUGACGUGCUCCUUCCUGUAGGCCCAUGUCUUGAUUCCUAAGCAGCCACCCACCCCCACAGUCUCAAGAUUUCCCCAUAUGCCAAGCCUCUGUGACUUGUUCACAAAUGGAGAGCCAGUCUUCACAAGGGGAGAAAUUGGCUCAAGAGCCCUGGGAUAGCUCAAGAGCCCUGGGAUAGCAGGACACCUUUGUGACCAGAGCCCCUCUCUACAUCUGCCCUUUCAGUCAUACUUGUAUGCCCUUAGGCUCUAAGCCCCUGUUGUCCCCUCUCUCCGAUGACUCAGGCACCUCGCACUCAGCACGUGCUUAUAGUAGUAACACUUCCAGGUUAAGCCAGAGCUAGGACUGGAGGGAGGGAACCAGGAAGAGAGGAGUGCUUGCCCAGCAACCCAUGGCAACUCCACAACACAGACAAGGGGCCCUUACCCUCCCGCCUGCCAGUCAGGCCAGCUGGGCAAGGGCUAUUAGGAGACAGCUUGGAGGCCAAAGGCUGCAGGUGACUCAGGUGCCUGAGGAGUUUCGGGAGAAGAGCGCAGCUGUCCCAAAACUGUUUCUGGAGGUAUGGCCAGAAGAGAAAAGCAGAGGGUGGAAGGACCAUUCUGAAUCAGCUGGCCCCAGCCUCGGCCAGUUGUGGGAAUCUUUGUGCCAGCCACCCUAAGAGCAGGUAGGGGUGGAGGAGGUGUGGAUUCAAGACCCACAGGACUGUAAGGAGUUGUUUCUGUCUGUUCUUCCCUCUGAUUAGGGGGUGGAGGCCCCAUUAUCUAGGCUGAAGUGGAGGGCAGAUACCUCUCCCACUUCUUCUGCUACGGGAGUCAGUGGAAGGGAGAAAAGGAGGCGUACUUCAAGUUCACUUAGCUAACCUCCAUAGUGCCCAGGGAAAGUGGAGCUUAGGAGGCAGGGAUAGCCCAAGAUGACAGACUGAGCAGCAUCUCUUCCCUUAUUGUGUCCCUAACAGCCCUUAACCCUCUAAGCACCCAGGAAUCCACACAGCCCCGGACUAUUUGAUUCACCUGUCCCAAAAACACAGGUAAUAAGGGGUCUGGGGAUAAAAACCUUUAUCACUUAGUAAGAAGUGCGUAAGGCCAUCCCAAGUGUGGGUCUUCUAGCCGCAGGUACAUGGCUGGCAGGCCUGUGCCUCCCGGAAGCCAGGAGGAAGAGACUGCCAAAGACCCUGGGCUGAAACUAGCACCGGCGCGGCCUCUAGGCCGCCUGCCCAGCAUUGAUGAGACCCGACCAGCCGGCCCCGGCCCAGCCUCCCGCCGUGGCUCUGUGCUGGGUCCAGCCUCGUCCUUUUCACGCUGCAACUCGCUGGCCGGACCAGGCGUGGGUCCUGGGGGUCGGCGCCCAUCCCUGGGCCCAACGCCUCUUCUAGGCUCACGAGUCAGCUUCUCGGGCUUGCCCCCGGUGCCUGCCUGCCGGGCAGUGCCCUCGUACCGCACGGAGCCUGCGCCGGGGGAGCACUGGCAGGCCGCGCGCACUCAGCGGACCCUGGAGGCGGCGCUGGCAGAGGGGCUGCGCGAUGCGUGCUACGUGGGCGCGGAGGCCGGGCGGCUGGCGCGGGAGCUGUGCGAGCUAGUGCGCGUGCGCGUGCGCGAGCUGAGCCCGCCGCGCUACAAGUUGGUGUGCAGCGUGGUGGUGGGGCCGCGCGCUGGCCAAGGCGUGCUUGUGGUCAGCCGCGCGCUUUGGGACGCGGAGCACGAUGGACUGGCCUCGGCAGUCGUCACCAACGCCUCGCUGUUUGCCGUGGCCACGGUCCACGGACUCUACUGUGAGUGAAGAGGCCUCCAAAUUCUACA